CGGUACUCUACUCACCAAACAAAUUGACAGUGAGAAUUCAGUAAAGCAGAAAUCCAUUCUUUUCUAGUCAAAUACUCAAAGGAGAAAGGUUGUUUGAAGCUGAUAAAGGUGCUGAUAUGGCUAAGAAGUCUAGCCCAUCAUGGCAAUCUGGGCUUCCAACAAGUAAUACUGAAAAAGAUGAACCUCGGAGAAAAGCUCCAGAUUCACAUGAUAAUAGGCGUGUGCGCUCUCAUUUUCUUUCUGGAGGAUCCAGGUUAAAAGAUAAACAUAAAUAUGAAAAAGACAAGAAUAUCUCUCGCAAAAGGCCGUACCAUUCAAGUGGUAUGAAAGAUUUGCCUUCAAGUUUUCGUUACAGUGAUUCCAGACUGCCAAAUGAUAGUAAUGCUGAAAAUUACGAACCUACUCCUAAGAAGAGAACUUCUGAUUCAGAUGGCUAUGUGAACUCUUCUUCCGGUAUGCAUUCCUGGGAUGCCAUGCUGCAAAAGAGAAGUAAUGUUCAAGAAGACAAACAUAUGCCUGAGGAAAAAGGUUCUGGUGCAAGUAAUUGUGUGGACUCCUGGCAGAAAAAACAGAAAGUGAAUACUGAUGAUGGCAAAGAUAUGCCUGAGAAGAAAGGUUCUGCUUCAGGUGACUGUUGGAAUACUCAUUCCAAUCUGCCUUCUUGGGACCCCUGGCUACAGAAGGAAACAAAUGCUGAUAAAGGCAACAAUAAGCAUGAGAAAAAUAUUUCCACUUCAGGUGACAUCUGGAACUCUCAUUCUAGUUGGCCUUCGUGGGACUCCUGGCUGCAAAAGGAUACUAAUGCUGACAAAGGCAAAGAUAUGAAUGACAAAACAUGUUCUGCUUCACAAGACCGUUGGAACUCCCAUUCCAGUUGGCCUUCCUGGCCACAAAAGAAAAGUGGUGCUGAAGACUCUAAACACAUGUCUCAAAACAGGGUUUCCGGUUCAGGUGAUCAUGUUAGAUCACAUUGUCAUAGGCCUCCUUGGAAAUCAAGAUGGGAUAAGAGUAGUGAUUUCAGAAUGGAUAAAGCUUUGGUUCAUGAAGGAGGUCACAAUUCUAGUAAUGGAGCUUCUAGACAGCUUUCUCCAAGAUCCAGAUUGCCGGUUAAAACUAUUGCUAAAGAAACCAAUGAUAGUACUUGGAAAAGUUCAAACAGUUCUUCUGAUUAUUUGCAACUUUCUUCAAGUAGGCAUGGUUGGAAAUCUGAGCUACAAAUAAGAAGUAAUGUUGAAGGACUAAAAAACAUUCUUGAAGAAAGGUCAUCUACGGUGAUUAAGAGCCUCAAAGAGGAUGGCUUAAAGGCAGAGGUUUCCUCAACUAAAGCUGGCUUAAAGGCAGAGGUUAGCUCAACUAAAGCUGGACCUCAGAAAAGGGGACAAAGCUCAGCAGAUGGUGCAAAACUGCAUUCUGAAGGGCCUAACUGGGAAUCUAGGCUACAAAGUAGAUGUUAUAAGGGAGAUUCUACAGAUAGCCCUGGCAAUUCCAGUAUAUGGGAAGGGAGCAAUGAAGAUGUAGCAAAUAUGAAACCUAAUAACUUGAUUCCUAACACAAUUGAUCUUUCUGGUUCUUCCGAUUGUGCUGGUUGGGAGGUGAAAAAGAGAAGUAAUGUUGAAAAUACUAACAACAGGUCUGUGGAAAGAGCUGAAACCAAAGUGUGUCCUAGGGAAUCCCUGCAAGAGAGAAGUGACAGUACUGGUGGAGAUAAAGAUGGACUACUGAAAGGAGCAUACAAUUCAAUUGGUGUUGCAGAAUCUCCUUGUGCUUUGCCUCAAAAUUCUAAUGUGCAGAAAAGUAAAGAUCCAAAAGAAGUCAAAAAUAGAUUCAGAAAAAAAGCAGUUGAUUCGUGUGAUCAUCCUCUUAGGAAUUUGGAGGAGCAAAGAGUAGAGGAUGCACAUGAGGCUAGAGAUGUGCAUAACAAAGGAGUAAGCAUUGGCCUAGAUAGUCAAGAAUGUACUAAUGAAGUGGGCUUUGACAAAAUUGAUGGUGAAGGAUUGCCUCAUGGGAGGGUUUCUUGGGAUUCCAGAACACAGAUACCAAAGGAUGGACUUCUAGAAGUAUCUACAUCUACUCCGAUGAAAGGAAAUGAUACUUCUACUCUGAGGGCCUUCAACAUGAUUGAUGCUGCAGAGUUGCCUUCUGAUAGGACUUCUGGAGAAUUGAGAAUAAUGCAGAGAGGCACGGAACAAGUAAAGGAUGGAUCUAAUGAAAAAUUGCCCAACAGAAUUGACAGUACUGAGUUGCAAUCUAGUUGGUAUUCUCACGAACCCGACGUGCAAAUAAGAAGCAAUCUAGAAGAACCAAAGGGUGGAUCUAAUAAAAAAGAAUCCAAUAGAAUUUACAGUACUGAGUUGCAAUCUAUUUUGCAUUCUCGUGAAUCAAACAUGCAAAGAACCAAUUUAGAAGAACCAAAGGCCCAACCUAAUGAAUCACAUGUUCAAAGGAAAGGCACCCUAGAAGAACCAAAGAACAUACCUGAUGAGAGGACAUUUAAAGGAACUAAUGGUGCUGAUUUUCCAUCUAUGUUGCCCUGUGUUGAAUCAAAGCUGCAAAGGAGCAUAUCUGUUGAAGAAAUUGAAGUUUCACCCAGGGAACAAACAUCUGAUCCAACACAUGGUGUACAGUUUCCUUUCAUUUCUGUGAACUACAUGCAAAAAGGAAAUAUGAGGGCAUCUGAAAUAACUGAUGGUGCAGAAUUUCCUUCUACAUCACCUUGCAAGGAUUUAAGGUUACAAAGAAGCUUUGCUGCCAAAGAAAUUAAAGUUUCAUCAAGGAAAGAAGCUUCCAAUUUAGUUCAUGAUGUAGAGUUUCCUUUCAUUUCUAGGGGUUACAAGCUGCAAAAAGGAAGUGAUGAAGAUGCUAAAGAUAUACAUGGUGAAAAAGCAUCUAAUUUGAUUGUUGGCUCUACAUUUCCUCUUAAUAGACCAGUUCUGGAAUUGGAGGUUGAAAGUAAAAGAAAUACUGAAGGUGGAGAUAUAGUUGAAGGAAAGGUUGCAGUUCCAAUCAGUCAGUCGACUACUCAAAUUCGAGAUUUCAAUGUUCUUUCUUGUUCUAAAGAUUUCAAUGAGAUUGCACACUGCAAUCGUCUCCACAUUUCACAUGGUAUUUUUACUCGCUCUCAAAAUUGUCCUGCAGAAAAAGAUAUCUGGAUGGGAAGCUUCAAGGUGACUGAUAUUGCUUCAGUUGUCAGAUUCUAUGAAGGAUUAACAGCUCAUCCAUCUUCCAAAGUUUGUCGUAGAGCUUAUGAGUUCGCAAAAAAGAUGCCAUCAACUGUGGAUUUUCUGAUCCAUCCUCGAUGUAAUUACUGGCCACUGAUUUUUGAGGGCUGUCCUGAUACAAAUGAUAUUGCUUUGUACUUCUAUCCAAGGAAUAAGGAGGCAAAAAACUGUUACAGCUCCUUGUUAAGGUUCAUUGACAACAAGGAUUUGAUGCUAAGGAGUCAAAUAGGUCAUGUUGAGCUUUUGGUUUUUCCCUCAAGAUUGUUAGAUGUGAGAUGUCGGACAAUAGAAAAUCAGUACUUUUUCUGGGGAGUUUUUCACACCAAAAGUAAAAAAAAAAAUUGAUUGGUUGAAUGCUCAAGCCUGUUCUUCAUCCUGCAGUGGAUGGAGGAAUGUCCAAUGGAAGACCAAUUUGGAUCUGGCAGCCGGACAAAUCCCAGAAUUGAUUAAUCAGAUGCAUCUGUGCAUAGUAGAUCUCAGCCUUGCCAAAUUCUAUAUAUAACAAAUACAAAUGGCGCGACUAAACUUCCCGAAGCUCACCAGAAGCCUCGCCCUUCUCUUGAGGAUAUCCUCCCUCAUCCUUUCCGUCAUCCCUGAAGCCAUGAAUGCAGCAGCUUGUGAUUAGCUGUGUUCUUGGAGGGCAGUUUGUUCUCGUCUGGCAAGUCUGAAUCCUGUCUAUGCAUCACUGCUAUUAGUUUCUGGUUUUCAUGUUUAACAACUUUGUCAUUCUAUCCUGUAUCCUUUAUUAUAGGCUUUUGUGUGCUGCUGUAAUGUUUGUUUGCAUUGGUCCUUAAUAUUUCUUUAAUGAAUUCUUGUAUCUUCUCCCGGA